UCAUUUGGCCCGGAUUAAUCGAGUGGUUCACUGAGGAUGACCGCUGUGCGGCUACAACUCGGGCGGUGCUUGUUCCUACUGCUGCCAACACUGCUACUACUGGCGUUGCCUGCUGUCCCGAAAGGGGAAGCAGCGCCGAUUGUAACGUCGAACUGCAGCGAGACGUUCCUGCGCUACAGCCAGAACCACACCAUGUGCCGAGAGGAGCCAGAGUGCGAGAUCCAGGUUGCGGGCAUCGACGACAACGUCAAGCAGCUCAUCCUUAAACUGCACAAUCACUACCGUAGCCUCAUCGCCGGAGGAAACGAGACGCACAUGCCUCCGGCAGCCAACAUGCUCGAAAUGGAGUGGGACGAUGACUUGGCGAUGGUGGCCCAAGCACAUGCUAACCUGUGCCAGUUCGAACACGACUGCCCGUCAUGCCGAUCACUGCAGAAGUUUACCGACGUCGGCCAAAACCUGUGCCUGGACAGGACCACAAGACACAAUCCACAGCCGGACUGGGAAAGCUGCGUGCGGCGCUGGUACGACGAGGUGUCCCUCUUUUCCAACGCCUCACGCACACCAUUCCAGUUUGACCUUCCCACGGGACAUUUCACGCAGAUGGUGUGGGCGACCACGUGGAAGAUUGGCUGCGGCUACACGCGCUAUCCGUCCACCGAGCCGCCUUUCACCUACGACCUUCUCUACACCUGCGACUACGGCCCAGGGGGAAACAUUGUGGGUGGCGAAAUGUACGAGGAAGGUGACGCGUGCUCCAACUGCCCCGAGGGAACCUGCUGUGGAAGUUCUUGCGAUGAACAGAACGUCGACACGCGCUUCAAAGGACUGUGCAAGCCUACGACUCCUGAAGGUCCCAAGCCCGCCAUAAACAAGAAGGGCCUCAUCUGGGCGUGUCUUUUUAACAACGAGACGUCCGAAUCCUGUGAGACUGUCUCCGAUCCCCCAGACGUUUUCAACACCAAGCCAAUGUUUGGUGCCGGCUACUUGGAGACCGUGGUAGAGGGAGGCAAUCGGGUCGAGCUCACGUUCAAGCGCAUCAUCAAGAGCCCGCAGUCUCCGUUCUGCAUCAACAUCGAGUACGCCAAGGGACCGAGCGUGGCGGGAGACCAGGCGGACGGUUCGCUGCGACUGCUCCUGACGUCGCCAGUGCUAAACCUCUUCCAGAUCGACGCCGAACUUGGCGGUGACUACACGGGUUACCAGAUGUACUCCUUCUCCCUGGACUUUCGCGUACCCGUCCAGGUUGGCUUCUCCUACUCUGUUCCAACGAACAGCUCUGCGCAGUACUUCAGCCUGUACAAGCUCGUCGUAAAUCAAGGGGCUUGUUCGCAAGGCUUCUAGGGAACGUCUUUGUGACGAUUCUCAGCCGCGACAUUGUUUCGCAUCGGACAAAACGUGUUUCACGAAGACUCUCGACUCGCGUAUACGUGUUGCGCACGUCACACGCGAUGAGUGUCACUUGCCUAACUCGAGGUGUUCCCGUGAGCCUGGCCUGUGUUUGCUGGAUCAACACCAGAGAUGAGAUUGUGCCUACCCGACGCAGUAUACGUCUCUGGAAGGCUGUUUGGAGGCUUCGGUCUCUCUCCACUUUUGUCGGAUGUGGUCUCAUCCUUUUUCGUGCAGGUGAUUGUUGUUGUCUUUUUAGAUAUAUCUGUAUGUGUUAACGUACUGUGAUGUCCGUAGCACUUGGUCCACGAUUUUUGUGUAUUGUUCGGUGCAGUCAUCUAUUGCGGUCAUAUGAAUUUUAAUCACUUUCAGGUGCUUCAAACGUGUAAACUUAACUACCGAUCUCUAGGCCAAAGCAUGUAUUUUUUAAAAUUUAUCUGCCCCUUCAUGCGUACCGUUCAUCUCGCUGUUGUGACGGUGCUUAGCAACUUGACUCAGUAGUCGCUCACGAAAAGCUAGUUAGCGCAUCGAAAGUGGGGCCACUAGCGAGGCUCAACUAGUACUGAUCUAAAAAUUAAUCAGUCGCAAUUUAAGUUUUGGUGUGCCUCAAGACAAAGAGAAGCAUUUUUCUAAUUGCAUGCAAUUGCGACGCUUUUCUUUUUACAGUACAUUAUCAUUACAUCCUGUGGCAUCAUUUAUCGUGAAUCCACGUUGCGUUGAUACUUUUAUAAAACAAUUCAUUAGAGAUUUGCACAAUAAUGCACUUGUGUUAGCUAUUCGCGUCUACUGUAAACAGGCGUGCUUUCUAGGCGAAACACGUCCUUGAACCAGUUUCUUUUUAAUAAAACAUGACGUCGUUACAACAAAGCAUUGUUUUCAGAACAGUGCUUUUGAGCGUGUACCGAUACUUUUUUCAACAGCUCUCGCAAGCGCAUAUGCGUGUUUCUAUUGAGUCGUAACGUUACUGUGCGCUUCAACCGAAAUAUUCAGUCUCAUACAAAGUGCUACUCAUGCUAUUUGUUACCGUUACUCUCCAUUUGCAAACCAAAACGGUUUGUUUGUCGCUUUUCACACUUCAAAAGCGAGAAUCGUAUUCAUCCCAUCACGUGCGUUCAGAAGCAUGUUUCACUGAUCACGAGCCUAAUUUCUUUUUGUACAUAAUCCACAUUUCCAUAUCGUAACAAGUCCUCGAGAAAAUGUGUUUUAUACGCAAUGCCUUUAUUAUUUAGCAAAGUGUUCAUUUUUUGUGCAUGUAUGUACGGUACGUUUCAUGUUGACCGAAGACGCAUUUAUUUGCAUUGUCAACGCAUUCAUCCUACCAUGCUCGUAAACAUUCAUAAUCUUUUUAGAUGAAAGUUAUGUAUCGGGACAUUCAAUCAUUGUGCAAUAAAUUGUAUAAAUUUCCUGUAUGGCUCCAA